UUCAAGAGAAAAACGCUCAACAAACACACCAUUCCAAUGUUGUCAUGUUUGGUGCCGUCGUCAACAUCACGUUUUGGUCAAGAGGAUAAUAUUAUAAAUCAAAGUAUGCCCUCAUCGCCAGCAUUCACCAUGCAAUUUCCUUCAUUGACCUCCACUCUGCAUCAUCAUCAUCAGUCCAAGAGCAGUAAUGCCAGCACCACUGUUGAUGAUGAAAACUCGAAUGGUGUUGCGGCCUCAUCGUUGGGCGCCACUUCACCCACACCCCAACAGACGGACUUUAUGGUUACAUGUCCACAAUGUCAUAUGCGAUUAAAUGGCUUUGAGUCCCUACGUGAUCACAUUGCCAGCCAACAUCCCCAUGAUAAACUUAAUAUUGAACCCUCCUAUCCAAGUCCGCCAGCUGAUCGUGACAUGGUUAAUCAUCAAACCUCCAACACCGAAAAUGCUCAAAAUGAAAACACCACAAACACCGCAAUGGACAGUGGUGAUGAGAGUAAUCAAAGUUCUAGUGAAUCGAAAAUGAUGUUCAAUAAUAACAACAACAAUAGUCAAGAAAAGAAUAACAAUAGUAUUAAUCAUCAUAAUGACACACCCAGCCACUCGUCCGCCCCCAAUACACCACCUCCAUCUGUAGUUGGCCAACAGCAUCACAACUCCAAUAAUGGUCUUGGAGAUUUAAACACAUCUCCCUUUGCCAGUCAUUUGCCACAUAAUUUACAUCCAGCUGCUGCAGCACAAUUCAUGGCUGCCUUGGCCAUGCAACAACAGCAUCAGCAGCAACAUUCUGGCAAUACUUCACCCACAUCCCAUUUAUUAGGUGGCUUCAAUGGUCAUCAUCAGCAUACUAUGGCCCCGCAGCAACAGCAUUCUUCGUACGAUAACACCACCAUGGAUACAAUGCGCUCCACCUCAAGUCCCGGUUCCUGUGGUGGCAGUGAUAACAAUUCGGCGGCCAGCAGUAUAAGUCCACCGUAUCAGUGUAUGCAUUGUACGGCAUUGUUUCAGACCCGUCAUGAAUUGGAGAAACAUGAGGUGAUGCAUUCACCCAAUGCGCAAUCGCCACAGUCUCUGAAUGGUGUUAAUCAAAGUUGCAAAAUUUGCCACAAAGCUUUCGCCAAUGUCUAUCGCCUGCAGCGGCACAUGAUUAGCCACGAUGAAUCGGCUCUGUUGCGCAAAUUCAAAUGUAAUCAAUGUGAUAAGGCCUUCAAGUUUAAGCAUCACCUGAAGGAACAUGUGCGCAUACAUUCCGGCGAAAAGCCAUUCGGUUGUGAUAACUGCGGCAAACGUUUCUCGCAUUCCGGUUCCUUUUCAUCGCACAUGACCUCCAAGAAAUGUAUUAGCAUGGGUUUGAAGCUCAACAAUAGCGGUCGUAAUCAACUCAAAUCGGCCAAUACAUCACCGAACAGUUUGAAGCACACCUCACCGAAUGGUAAAAAUGAUACAGCGGCCGCCAAUAACCUUGUCAACAAUUUAACCAAUCCCAUGAAUUAUUUUGCCGGUGAUGCAAAUGCUGGUGCCAACACACCCCCAAAUCCAUUCUAUUCAAAUCUGCUGCCCAAAUAUGGUGAUUAUAACAGUGCCAUGAAUGCUGCCCUAUUAGCUUCAUUCCCCAAUCCAUUCUACAGUAUGGCUUUGGAUCCCCGUAUCCAUCCAUAUAGUAUACAACGUUUAUUGGAAUUGACUGCUGCCGGACAGCAGCAACAGCAACAUCCACAGGAGUCGGAACAGGAACAGCAACAACAAUCACAAAACACCUUAACACCUCCUCCUCCUACACAUCAUCAGUACACAACACCCAAUGAAGAUGAUGAAGAAGAGGACAAUAGCAAAGAUUUGAAAAUUUCCAAUAGCAGCAGCAAUGCCGAUGAGGAGGAAGACAUCAACUCAGAAACUUUGGAAUUAAAUGAAGAAGAAGAACCAAAAUUGGUAAUGGAUUUGGAAGCUGGCGAUGUGGAUAAUAAGGAAGCCGAACAACACACCACUCAUGAAGAAGAAGAAGUAGCUGAAAAUGAAACCAAGGAAUCUCAACAAGAAUCACAAAAAUCCCAUGCCAAUGAAACAGCACAAAAUGCCGAUCUUUCCGCAAUUAAACAAGAACAAACUGAAAGCCGUGAUGCCAUUGAUUCCCCUGUAAACAUUAAUACUCAAAUCAAACAAGAAAAAUUGGAUGAAUCAGAAGAGCAAUUGGAGGAAAUUAACAACAAAUCGGUAGAAGAAGAACCAGCAGCAAUUGUAGGUGAGGAAAAUCCCUCUGAAGAUACAGACAACACCUCAGCAGCCCCAGCUGCUGCCGAAUUACGUUGCAGUCGCUGUGAUAAGAAAUUUAAUCAUCCCACAGAAUUGGUGCAACAUGAAAAGGUGUUGUGCGGUUUUAUUAAACAGGAAUUGGAACAACAAUACCAACAACAACAGCAACAACAUCUUUUGGAACAAUCUCACAACUCCAGCUCCUUUAUGGCGGCCAGUGAUGUUGAAGAUGAUCAGGAUGAACGUGAUAGCAUUUCUCGCAACGACUGCUCCAGUGGUGGUGAAAGUAAUGCCGAACGUAAGGUUCGUGUACGCACGGCCAUUACCGAGGAACAACAACAACAUUUGAAACAGCACUACGCCAUUAAUUCACGUCCCAGCCGUGAAGAGUUCCGUAUGAUUGCCUCUCGCUUGCAAUUAGAUGCUCGUGUUGUCCAGGUGUGGUUCCAAAAUAAUCGCUCACGUGAACGUAAAAUGCAAUACAAUAACAACAACAAUACUUCGACUAUUAAAUCAGCAUUCCCCUUGCCAUCGUUGCCACCAAUGCCCACAGGUCAAACGCAAAGUUUUGAAGAAGCUACACUAAGCAAACCAGUUGGAAAUUCUGAUGAGCUGCCUUUGGAUUUGUCGGUUAAGCCACAACGCAAUUCAGGCAAUGGCCAGCAACAGCAUUCUCCUUUAUAUGGUGUUGCACCCUUGCAGAAUGCCAAUGUGACUGGAGAUUUGGCCGAAGCCAUUAAUUUGAGCCGCAAAAUGUCACCACCCACCUCAUUGUCACCCAACUCGGCAGCCUCUGUGCCAGCUGUUUUCAAACAACAAGCCCAGGCUGCAGCUGCUGCCGCAGCUUUGUAUUUUGCAGCACCCUCACAGGCAAAUGGUGCACCCAACUUACCUCACAAUAUGCGCCAAACACCCUCACCCAUUGAAGCUCCUCUUUUGGGAGGUCCUCAACAGACUUCCACACCACGCGGUGCUGCUGCAUUCCCCUCAUUUUCACAAUUACCUCCAUACAUGAUGCCCGCUGCAAUGGCGGCUGCUCAACGCAGUCUUAUGCCCAUGGAGGCACUAUUCCAGAUGACACCCGGCUCAGCCGACUACGCCCGUCAACAUUCACUAAUGAACAGUAUUAAAAUGGGUCCCACCCUAGACUUUAGAGGCAACAGUCUGAGCCCCGGUUCCGAGAAACGUUCAUGGCGUGAUGAUGAAUCGAGGAUUUCGCACGAAGACGAAUAUGCCCAUGCUCAAGCCCAGGCUGCGGCCGCCCUUUUGCCACCCAAACCGAAGCGGGCCAAGGCCGAAACGCACGGUCAUGCCGGUGAUCCAGAUUUGCCUUUCAUUUGUGAUCAAUGUGAUAAAGCAUUUGCCAAACAAAGCUCGCUGGCGAGACAUAAAUACGAGCAUUCCGGCCAACGUCCCUAUCAGUGUAUGGACUGCCCGAAGGCGUUCAAACAUAAGCACCACUUGACGGAACACAAGCGAUUGCAUAGCGGGGAGAAGCCCUUCCAAUGUUCCAAGUGCCUGAAACGUUUCUCACAUUCCGGUUCCUAUUCCCAGCACAUGAACCACCGUUACUCCUACUGCAAACCAUACAGGGAAUAGGUAAGCGACAAUGGACCAACGAAUGCCUGCGCCACAACAAAU